GGCACCACAGCACCUAGUGUCAAGGAGAGUGGGCGGUCUGUCAGAGUCUGACCCCACGAACAGAUGCUAGUGGAGUUGUGCAUUAAAGCCUCAGUGUUUUGGCAGCAGAGCGGAUUUAAAGGGGCAGUGAUUGGAUGUGGUCUCACAGAUUCUCCCUUCCAGUGAGCCUGAAGUUUCUGAGGCCAGUGUGUGCCAGCAGCAGCCACAGCAGCAGCUUAAUCCCACACGUUUCCUUCUGAGUCUCGCUAUGGGUCCGGAACUUUCAUAGGUGCUGUGAUCGCCCUCCGAGGCCGUGCUUCCAACAGCCUCCCCAGCUCCCCUCGCUCAGCGUCACCAUGGGGGAGGUCGUUCAGAUGCACUUCACUACGGUGGACUACGUCAUCUUCGCCCUGCUGCUGGUGGCCUCAGCUGGCAUCGGCCUUUUUUAUGCCUUCUCUGGUGGACGCCAGCGCACCACGCAGGAGUUCCUCAUGGCCGACCGCUCCAUGAGCUGCCUGCCCGUGUCUCUGUCCCUGUUGGCCACGUUUCAGUCCGCUGUAGCCAUCCUGGGUGCUCCGUCUGAGGUGUACACCUUCGGGACUCAGUACUGGUUCCUGGGCUGCUCGUACUUCUUGGGCCUGCUCAUCCCAGCUCACAUUUUCAUCCCAGUCUUCUACAGGCUGAGAUUGUCCAGUGCCUAUGAGUAUCUGGAGCUGCGCUUCAACAAGACUGUGCGCAUAUGUGGGACUGUGACCUUCAUCUUUCAGAUGGUCAUCUAUAUGGGUGUGGUCUUGUAUGCUCCGGCCCUGGCACUCAAUGCAGUGACAGGUUUUGAUCUGUGGGGGGCGGUGCUGGCCAUGGGAUUGGUGUGCACGCUCUACACAGCUUUGGGCGGUCUGAAAGCAGUGAUCUGGACGGAUGUGUUCCAGACGGUGGUGAUGUUUGCAGGCCAGCUGGCCGUCAUCGUGGUCGGGGCGAGUCAGGCAGGGGGGAUAUCAGAGGUGUGGAAGAAAGCAGUCAAUGGCAGCCGCAUCGCUGGACUUGACCUGAACCCGGACCCCCUGGAGCGCCAUACUUUUUGGACCCUCGGUGUGGGAGGAGUCUUCCUGAUGUUGGCUCUGUACGGGGUCAACCAGGCCCAAGUCCAGAGAUACCUCAGUUCUCGCACAGAAAAAGAGGCCAUCAUGUCCUGCUAUGUAGUUUUCCCAUGCCAGCAGAUAGUCUUGUGUCUCGGCUGUAUGAUGGGUCUGGUCAUGUUUGCUCGCUAUGGAGAGGACAGCCCUCUGGACAAGGGCUACGUCAAGACCAACGACCAGAUGGUGCUGUACUUUGUCAUGGAUGUGUUCAAGGACCUGCCCGGGCUCGCAGGACUGUUUGUGGCCUGUCUCUUCAGCGGAGCUCUGAGCACCAUCUCUUCAGCCUUCAACUCGCUUGCAACGGUAACAAUGGAAGACCUGAUCAAACCUCAUUUCCCCAACAUGACUGAAGCUAAAGCGACACUGCUGUCCAAGGGGCUGGCGUUGGUGUAUGGCCUGGUGUGUCUGGCGAUGGCUUACCUGGCUUCUCUGAUGGGAUCCGUGCUGCAGGCAGCCUUCAGCAUCUUUGGGAUGGUGGGCGGACCUCUGCUUGGCCUCUUCUGUCUGGGGCUGUUUUUCCCCUGGGCCAACCCCACAGGCGCAGUGGUCGGGUUAGUCGCAGGUCUAGCGAUGGCCUUCUGGAUUGGUAUUGGCAGCUUCGUGAUGCGUAUGUCUGUUCCUCCCGUGAUGCCACCACUGAACGCCACGGCCCUCCCGCUGUUCGACAACAUGACCACGACCCUCAUGACUGCAUUGGUCACUGCUCCGACAGCCAAGCCAAGGCCCACAGGUGUCGAGGCCCUCUACUCUUUGUCCUACAUGUGGUACAGCGCUCACAACUCAACCACCGUGGUCGUGGUGGGACUGAUAGUCAGCUUUCUAACAGGACCCAUGAAGGAGAAAGAGCUGACCCCUGGCACCGUGUUUCCAGUCCUGGGCACGCUGCUCUUCUUUCUGCCUGAGCGCUACAGAGAGAAGCUCUGCUGCAUCACUCCUCUGUCUCCAAAGCCCAAAGAGAUCAACACACAGCCUUAUCAGAUGGCCAAGAAAGACAGCAGCGGAGCGACGUUCUGCAAGGACGACGCGGUGACGAAGAACACUGAGACUGAGAGCGACAGAACGCCGACGGAGGAGGAAGACUUGGAAACCAGGAUCGCUCUGCCCUCUUGUCAGCUGACGGCUCACACAGUUCAGGAGACCGCCUUGUGAUCUUUGUUUUGUCAGACUUACACACAAGAAGCACAGUUUCACCUGCAGUAAGUCGGUGAAGGUGCAGUCAAACAGAUAAAAGAUGAAAAGGUCGUCACAAAGUCAAAUGUCCAGAAGGUCCGCAGCACCAAAUCAGUAUGUGUGUGUUUUUAGAGGAUUAAUCAGUAGAAUCUGAUUAUAGACCAGGCUUAUGGACUUCAAAGUCUGUGUGAGGAGAAGGUCUGCAGUGGGACCUGUUAAUAUUUAUAUUUUUAAAGACAUGUCUGAAAACAACUUCUGCCAGGCUGGAUCUGUGCGUUGGAAGCUCUCAUAGCAGCAAACAAAGAAGAAACACGUCAGCUGAUCUCUACAGGCAUCCCGGGGAACCCUUGAUGCAUGCAAGUCUCUGCAGCUGUGUGCCAAUGAAUGUGUGGGGCUCAAAGUGGGUCGCUCUCCUGUCCCACUCUGACACAAACCCGUCUGUUUGACUCAGAAUCAGGUAGUUACAUGAAACAUGUACAAUAUGUUAUUUUUGUAGAGAGAACAGACGUAUGAGAGAGUCCCAGAGUAUCUAUGAGACUGGACUUCAGCAGACGGCAAAACAGGUAUUUCUGAUGAUUGAUGUUGUAGUGUCUUAACAUGGCCUUGGUUAAUUACAGAGAGGCGCCUUCCAGCUGCUACUACAGAUGUGUAACUCCUGAGUCACGUGUGCUUAGCUAUGUGGUCAGGUGGGAACAGAACUGGACUGUAGUGGAAGUCAAAUCUGAUCUAGUGGUCCUAUCAGUGUGUCAGGAAGCAAAACAGUGAUGUGAAAGCUGCUGUGUCCCCAUGUGUUUCCUGAUUGUGUGCACAAAGAAAGUAUUAAGGUACUGGUUUUAUGUUGUUUUAUGCAUCAAAUCAGGGUUGAGCCCAGCUUAGAAUGUGGUCCGCCAAAUCCUGAGUUCAAUGUGAAGACUGGAAUAUUAGUUUCAGUCUCCCUCGUCACCCUGCAGAAGUCUCAUGUUUAUCGUUACCUGCAGGAACAUUCAUUACCUCCACCUGCCAGACGACGUCACAUUUCUAUCCUGCUGCUCUCUGCUUCACGUCAUCUCGCCCUCAGUUUCCUGCCUCUUAGCUCGAGCAGCGUAGACGUCAGACAUCUGGAUCUUGUUGUUUUUUUUAACCAUAA